CGUCGGGCUCCUCGUACACCUGCACGCAGAUACAUAAAUAAAAGCACCGCUGCUAGCAACUUCAGGGAUAGCCAAGUGGGCACGUGCAACGCAGUACGCAUGCGCUCGCUGCGCCACCUGAUUGGCGAGUGUUUGUACUUUCAACUUUGCUUCUUUCCAAGCCUGGUCCUAACAACGGUCGCCGGGGAGACGCCCCUGCAUAUUUGCUGCGCUUCGCCUCUUCGCCACUUUUGUAUGGAACUGGACAGGUGUUCCAGCCUAGCGGGUGGAUCCGUCCUGAGGACCGGAACAGGUGUGGCGACCGAGUCGGCCACGGCAGCCACGAACUCUGAAGUGAAUGAAGACCCUGGAGCCGACUUGUUCCCGCCACUGCUGCCCCAGCCCCGGAUCUGUAUGUGGAAAUACUUGGACAUCCAUUCUAUGCAUCGACUGGAGAAGACAGCCACUGUGGAAGAGAUGAGGGAGGUGCUGGCUGAGCUCUUGGACCUUGGUUGUCCUGAGCAGAGCCUGCGGGAUGGCAUUACCUUGGACCUCUUUUCCCAUGCACUCAUCUUCUGCCGCCAGCAGAGGUUUUCACUAGAGCAGACAUCAGCGGCUUGUGCCUUGCUCCAGGAUCUUCACAAGGCUUGCAUUGCCACCCCGUUGGGCAACGUGGAGGAAUGCUACCGCUACUUUACCAGCGUUCUUUUUUGCCAUGGAGUCAGGCGGCCCCCUUUCAGUAUCGACCUCUUUAAAGAGGAACAACUACUGGCCUUGGCAGACUAUGUGGUCAAUACCUACUUUCGCCACUUCAAGCUCUACAAAUAUGUCUUCACACCCCAGGUGCGGCUGGAUUUAUCUUUGACUUACAUGGGGCUACAGCCACCCCACCUCUGGCCAGAGGAGAAAGAAGAUGAGGAGGAGGCAGCAGAGCAGGCAGUUACCACACAGGAGGAAGAACCAGAGACAGUGACCCAGCUAGAGCAAGAAACAAGUCAGGUGUGUGUCCUCCAAAACUAUAUCAAGAUCCAAAUGAAGAAGGAGCUGGGGCAGCUCCAGCAGCUGGUGGAAGAGAGGCUCAAGGCCAGUGAGGACAGGCUGAGCAGCAAACUGACUGCGUUAGAGCAGCCCUAUCAGCUACCUCUCAGCAAAGAUAAGAACAAGACAAAGUGAUCGCCAGCAUUUUCUUGAAUAAAGACCUGGGCCAGAGCA